AUGACCGAAACAUUCUCCUCAAUCCCUAUAAUCGACUUCUCCAGACUGCAGGAUCGAUCCACUAAGGAGCAGACGCUGGCCCAACUGCGCGAUGCCAUCUUCCGGGUGGGAUUUCUCUAUCUGACCAAUCAUGGCCUCGAGGAAUUGACCAAACGCGCCCAUGCUGCUCUGCCGGAUCUGUUUGCUUUGUCCGAUGAAACAAAGAACAAGUGCAAUAUGAUCAAUUCUCCGUCUUUUGUGGGGUAUACCAAGCUAGGAGCCGAGACAACUGCAGCGAAGACGGACUGGCGGGAGCAAUUUGAUUUUGGGACACCGGAAAUGAAGCCGUGGACGGAGCAAGAUCCAAUCUGGUAUCGACUUGAAGGAGACAGUCAGUACCCCGACUAUUCCGGUGCCAAAGAACUGGUCAAUGAAUAUAUCACCCGAUCUGCUGCUCUCAAUACGACAUUCCUGCGCCAUGUCUCCGAGUGUCUCUCGCUACCCCCCACUACACUCGAGGAGUUCAAAGGUAAUAUGGAUCGACUCAAGUUUAUCAAAUAUCCGCAGGCACCGCACGACUCGCAGGGCGUGGGGCCUCAUAAGGAUUCUACUGGACUGUUCACUUUUCUGUCUCAGGAUGACACAGGAGGCUUGCAGGUGCUGAACAAAAAUGGAGCAUGGAUUGAUGUACCGCCAAUCGAAAAUAGUCUUGUAGUGAAUAUCCAGCAAGGCCUCGAGGCGAUAACCGGGGGUGUUUGCGCCGCCACCACGCAUCGAGUCAAGGCCCCCACGAGCAAAACUAGAUACAGCAUUCCGUUCUUCUCCGCCGUGCGCUUGGAUCUCACACUUGAAGGACUACGAUCAUCCGCAGCGCACAUUGUCCAGAAAAUCCCGGUGUCAGAUGAUCGGAAGAAGCGCGCUGUCGAUGUGCCCAGCGAGUUCCUCUCUCCGUUAUAUCAAUGCUUUGGUGAGGCGUAUUUGAGGAAUCGCAUUCUGAGCCAUCCCGACGUCGGUCAGAAGUGGUAUCCGGAGUUGUACGAGAAGUAUUCGAAGCAAGUGUUGAAAUAA